AUGAAAGGUGUGAAGAAGGGGAAGUUUUUAAGGUCAAGUGUUUGGGCUUCAAGAACACACCUGAUCUGUGCUUUGGAGGAAACUGAUCAAAGAGGAUGAUUUCCACUGCACAAGGCUGCAGCUUGGCCAAUUCUGCAAAUACUUGCAGCCGGUUUAGAUGCUUUUUAUGAAACAAUGUUGGAAUACAAAACAUGCAAUGGAGAAACAGCAUUAACCUUGGCAGCAAAAGGUGGCUUUGUGGAAAAUGUGUGAAUGCUACUGGAAAACAGUAUUUAUCCCAAUGCCACAAAUUAAGGAGGAGAAAGUCCACUUACUGCUACAAGAAGGGGCUCUUUUGAAAUGGUAUCCACUCUGAUUAAAUACAACUGUACCAUCUACCAACUGUGCAUGAAACGUUGGUCAGCAAUGCAUGGAUGCAAACAGAGAUACAAAGACAUUGUUAAUCUUCUGAAGAAUGGUGGAAAUGUGAACAUUAAGGGUGAAUAUUGAGUAACACCAUUAGCUGUUGCUGAUGAAUAUGGUCACUGUGAGUUGCUGGAGCAUAUUAAGCAUAAAGGUAUGUUCUGUAUCCUCCUUCAGUGUGGAGAUGUCCAGGCCUUAACAGAUGAUUGUGCAUCAGUACUGUUUAAAGUAGCUGGAGAAGGUAAUCCAGACUGCAUAGCCCUUCUUUUAGAAUAUGGAGGAAGUGGUAAUGUGCAUAAUGAGGCCAGACUGCUUCCCAUACAUAAAGUGGCUUAUAAGAGAUUCUGUGAGUUUACUGUUGCUCCUUGAUUGAAACAUUUAGCAGGAAAAGUGGUUUGUGUUUUUAUAGAUUGCAUGGAUUAUGUUCCUUCAUGCACAAGAAUUGAGUUUUUCCUAGAAACAUAGGAAGAAUGGACGGAAUACAUCAGAUUGUAUAAUCCUUUCUUUUUGAAACUUCUGUGUCAUCUGAAAAUAUGUAAACUCAUGGGGUUAAAGAGGCUCCAGAAACUGUCAUCCAUGAAGAAGUUUCCACUUCCACCAGUUCUCAAGAACUUAAUUCUAUAUAAAAAAUAUUAUCUGUAUGGAAAAGGGAUGUAUUUAGAAUAGUUUUUAAAAAUAACUGUAUACAGCCUGUAAUUUGACUGCUUUCUAAUUUUUUUUUUAUGAACUGAAGAACUGUUUGAUGUUUCAUAUACCUUCACAACAUUCUGUUAUUUGUUGUUAGUAGUUCUUCUAUGGGAACAAAUUUCUUUUCAAAAUUAAAUUGUUAAAACUCAUGUUUUAACACAAUAUUGUGCUAUCCAAAUACAGGCUAAAUCAGAUUAUGGAUAUUGUAAUAAUUAUGUAGAACAGUACAUUCUAAAUGGGAAUUCAGAUGA